CCAAUCUUCGUUCUUUCCAUAUCAACAUUACCCAGAAACCCUAAUCCCCAAUUCCUCUUCCCAUUAUUUCAAUCACAAUUAUCUGAACAAUAAAAUCUAAGAGACAAAAUUCGAAAAAUUCCGGCGAUCCUCCAGAAGGUAUUAAGUGGACUGAGUUAUUAUGAGAUUCAGAAAAGGAAGUAGAGUUGAGGUGUUUAGCAGCAAAGAGGCACCUUAUGGUGCGUGGCGAUGUGCUGAGAUUAUUUCUGGUAAUGGACAUACCUACAGUGUUAGAUACUACUCUUUUCACGAGGAGGCUGUCAUGGAGAGAGUUCCAAGGAAGAUGAUUAGGCCGUGUCCUCCGCAAGUGGAUGUAGAGGGAUGGAAGAGUGGUGAAUUGGUGGAAGUUCUUGAUGAUUUCUCCUGGAAAGCUGCCACUGUUCGUGAAGAGUUAUCUGGAAAGUACUAUGUGGUUCGGUUACUUGGGACUACAGCAGAGUUUACGUUUCACAAAGCGAACGUCAGGGUUCGUCAGUCGUGGCAAGAUGAGAGAUGGGUUGCAAUUGGAAAGAUGUCAGGUUCUGCGAAGUCAUCCACACUCACUGGAUCAGACCUACAUCGGAAGCUACAACCCCAAAUGAAAAGCAUACCUCUCCGCGAGCCUAGUGUUGUCUCUCCUAGAGUACUAAAGAGGCCGUUACCUCACAACUGGUCUGAGUGCGCUGAAUCAUACACAGGAAUCCCUAAGAAGAUACGAUCACUGGAAGCUUAUCCCCAGACGGGUUGCUGUCAAAUGGUCAGGAUAAGAACAAAAGGUUUUAAUGAGAGUGUUCCUGAAGGAACCUUAGUCGCUGAUGAUUGUAACGAUAGCGAUGCAUGCUCAGUUGGUAGUUGUAGCGCCACUAGUUAUGAUGGGAGUAACAUGCGACCUUGUAUGCUAGAUGGCUCAAGGCAACAGGCAGACUCAUGUAGCAGCGAUGCUGAAUCUUAUUGUGGCGUUGGUGAAGAUGCAAGGAUGAAGCAUUCAGUAGGAUGUGAUGGAGCAAGAAGGUCUUGUAGGUCUGAACUAUAUACUUACCGCAGUACUUUGGGGGACUUGUUUGCGUCUGGUCCACUAAGUUGGGAACAAGAAACGUCAUUAACUGAUCUCCGUCUUUCUCUUAAUAUAUCAGAUGAUGAACAUUUGAUGGAGCUCUAUGAAGUGUGUUGCAUAGAGGUGUGAGUUUCAUAUUCAUCAUCCCUCUGGAACAGUAUCGCAUUGUUCGUGGCAUACAGACCUUUUGGUUUUAGAGGUCUAACUCUGAUGCUGGGGUUGAUGACUUCUGCCUUAGCCAUCUGAAUGGUGUCCUGGAGUCGGCCUUGCCCACAUGGCUUUAAAGCUGUGCUAUAAACAGGCAUAGUCCUUUGGUGCCCAUACUUCAUCCUUUGGGGAAUAAGCGUUGUGGCAUUGUGUGUGUGUGAGAGACUUGCUUUCAGAAUAAGGAAUCAGCACAUUUUCUGGAUGUGCACAGACAUUUUUUAAACUCUGAAAGGCGAGAAGUCGCUGCUUAGUUAUUUGGUUGUGCGUCCUGGAAAUUCUCCAAGCUCACUCUGUUUACAUGGCAGUAUGAAGUUCCAAAGCCGGUAUCAUUAAUUCUAACAAAUGUGUGGAAUCUUUCUAACAAAUGUUUCAUGACCAUAGUGUGGCCAUGACAAAGCAGUUUUAACUCUUUUAAGUGGCCAUGCCAUGCUUGUUUUAGAAUGCGUAGUAGUAAGUUAUUACAUUAGAAGGUUUAGUUGAAAGUUAUAAGCUCGUUUUGAUUCAAUGAAGAAGCAACUAGUUAAGACGACAUUUUAAAUUUAAUUUAUGUGAACUUGUAAAGUUAAAUUUCCCAUCACUUCAAAUCCAUUCUUAAAAUAG